AUGAACACCUUGCACAAAUUAGCAAUAAACUUUGCUGCCAAGAGCAGGAAAAGGCUUUUGAGGCAAAAUCUGAACCGAACCUGGCUACGAUGUCAUUCUACAGUGGAAAAUCCACCAGGAGUGAAGACGUUACCCCAGUUUACCAUUCCUACGGGCAUAGUUGGCCAAGCAACGUGUCAUACGCAUCCUCACCUUAUACAGCCAGGCUAUUUGACUUGUGGUAUCACACAGAUGGAAUACAGAGAGCGAAGGGAGACAUUAGUUAAUAAACUAGCAUCUGAAACACAGAAUUCUCAUCAAAGCCAUGUUAUAGUGAUACCUGCAGCUCGCAAGCAGUACAUGUCAGACAAAAUCCCUUAUGUGUUCCGACAGAACUCAGACUUUUUUUACUUGACGGGAUGUUUAGAACCUUCAGCCAUAUUGGUGAUGGUGAAACCAGCACAGACAGAGAACUUUAAGAGCGUAAUGUUUGUGCAUGAUAAAGAUGCACACGCAGAGCUGUGGGAGGGCCCUCGGACCGGAUGUGCAGCCGCCACACAUUUGUUUGCUGUUGACGAAGCGAGGCCCGUCGAAAACUUCGGCAGUUUCAUAAGCAAAAUUACGUCAAAUUCUCGCCCAUCCGUGAUAUGGUACCACAACGAGAGCCCCACCAACCCUGACAUACACGCAGCGGUGCGCACCGCCCUGCGCGACGGGCAGGCGGCGCUGCACGACCCGCAGAGGGUGCUGCACUUCAUGAGGGUGUACAAAUCACCGGCCGAGAUAGAGCUGAUGAAGGAAACCUGCUAUAUUGGCUCGCAGUCCAUCAAUAUGGCCAUGGCUUGCACUAAACCUGGAGUAACGGAGCACCAGGUGAACGCAGUGCUCGAGUACACGUGCCGCCAGGCGGGGGCGGAGCACCUGGCGUUCCCGCCCGUGGUGGCGGGCGGCGCGCGCGCCACGCACAUACACUACAUCGCCAACAACCAGGUGCUCGCCCCACACGAGAUGCUGCUAGUCGACUCCGGCUGCCAAAGGUGGACCUACAACUCUGACAUAUCGCGCACGUGGCCAGUAUCUGGCAAGUUCACCAAACACCACAGGAUACUGUACGAACUAGUCCUCUCUGUGCAGAAACGUCUGAUCGAGCUACUAGGGGAGCACCGUCCCGCUCUAGACCACCUAUUCGACAGCAUGUGCCGGCUGCUCGGCACACAUCUGCAGCAGGAGGGAAUCUUGCCGAAAAACAUUGACGGCAACGAAUUGAUAGGGAAAGCGUACCGCCUGUGCCCCCACCACGUGUCUCACUACCUCGGUCUGGACGUGCACGACGCGCCGCUGGUGAGGCGCAACUCGCCCGUCGGCACCGGCAUGAUAGUCACCGUCGAGCCAGGUAUCUAUAUAAGUCCGGACGACGAAUCCGUGCCGGCAGAAUUCCGCGGCGUUGGUAUACGCGUUGAGGACGACGUACUGAUCACGGACGGCGAUCCGCUGGUACUGACCGACGCUUGUGUCAAAGAACCUGACGACAUAGAAGCGGUCGUUGGAAAACACACGCUUUGA